AUGGCAGCGGCCAUUACUGUUAUGGCUGUUUUACCCAUAUUUGGUUACUCAGUGAGACAUUUGUCUAAUAUUACUGCAGAUUUGGAGAGACCACUCCCAAUUCAGACAUAUUACAUCUACGAUACAACAAGAAGUCCACAAUAUGAAAUGACAUAUGCUGUUCAAAGUAUUGCUUCAUUACUCUGUAUCAUGUGUUAUACAGGCAUAGACAGUUUUCUUAGUCUUUCAGUACUUCAUAUUUCUGGUCAAUUGGAUAUUCUGAGAAAUCGUCUCUUGCAUUUACAUGCUGUCGCCAAUUUUAACAACGUUUUAAAGAAUUGUAUAAUGGAACAUAUAAGGCUGUUAAGAUAUAUGUAA